AUGGAUAUCCAAUCAGAAUCCAUAGAAGAAGGAAAUGGAUGUUUAACGCGUCUUGAAUUAGCCCUCAUAAUUAUAUUAGUGAUUUUGUUGCUUGGAGGUGCUGUUGCUGGAUUUUAUUACUUUUCUGGAUACUGCAGAGCGCCGGUUGAUAUAAGUUAUUCGCCAAAAAUCGGAUGA